AUGCCAGGUGAAAUGUCAGUCAAUGCACCCACGUGAUUCGCUGCGAGUCAAGCCGGCCGUGUGUUUGCCGGCAUACGGGCGCGAUAUUAAAAAGCUGUCGCGCUAUUCUCGUGCCAGCUUACGCCGAUUAAACCGCGGCCGCGCAAUAUUUAAUCGUGAAAACGAUGAAACAUCGAUAUAUACGUAUUGUAAUUUACCGUUAAAAUUGGGAUUAUCGUUGUGAAUUAUCAAGUUAACGUUAGUCACCUCCUUUGCAUUGACUAUCUCGUGGAGCAUCAACAAUUGUUCUUUCUCGUGCCGUGACGAUUGCUCGACUUUUUUCUCUCCUACGGCCCUUGCAGUUGUAAUGCAUACAUUGUGAUUACGGAAAACAAUAUUGAAGCGUGACAUGGAGACGACGGCUGAGUGGUUCUGUGAUCCAUACAUCCUUGGAUACGACGAGGCUUGCAUCAAUCUACGCGCAGAAAAUUCGAAUGUCUGGUUUUACCUGCUUUCCGCAGAUUGCGCGCUGUGUCCAUACACUAGGCUGAAACAGAUCGCAGUAAAUCAGAGUUCUUCCGUGACGAUCGAUACUGUCAGAUCCUCGAGCAUCAGAAUCGUGGAUGCCGAGGAUCCUAGCGAAUUUAUAUCCGCUAAAAAUACCAGCGACGUGAUCUGCGAGCUAACACCGAACCUGGGACAAUUCGGUGUGUAUGAACUUGCCGUGCAAAAUCGUAGCUGCGAUUUGAAGGUUCUCACUCCGCCAACUUAUCCUUAUACAGAACUCUUUGUUAUUUUUGGAGUGCUGAUACUCGUUUUGUUCGGCCUGUCCGGCUUGAAAUCGUUGUGGCACGUAUGCAGAGAGAAAUAUGUGAAAAAUAGAGGGGAUGAUACUACGCUGAGACAAUCCGCGAAACGUCGAGUGAAAGCGAUUGAUACGGUUCGAGGGGCGUGUACAUUGUUGAUGAUAUUCGUGAACAAUGGAUCGGGCGGUUAUAAGACUCUCGGUCAUGCAACUUGGAACGGAUUACUUCCGGGGGAUUUGUUGUUCCCUUGCUUCACAUGGAUCAUGGGGUUGUGCAUCCCCAUAGCGAUGUCCAGUCAGAUGAAGCGCACGGCAUCGAAAAGCACGAUAUUGUAUGGAAUCAUUAAGAGGAGUAUCCUUUUGUUCCUGAUUGGAAUGUCCCUUAACACCAUGAGCAGCGGUCCCCAAUUGGAAACCAUUCGUAUAUUCGGUGUUCUCCAACGAUUUGGUCUAACUUAUUUCGUUGUCGCCCUGUUAUACUUUAUCUUUAUGUCGAGGAAAUCAAGCAAGAUACAAUCUCCAAUGUUACGAGAAGUGCAAGAUUUCCUUCUACUUCUUCCUCAAUGGUGCGUGAUGCUCGUGAUAGUGGCCGUUCAUUGUGUCAUCACAUUCUGUUUGCACGUUCCAGGAUGUCCCACUGGAUACCUUGGGCCUGGUGGUCUUCACGACGAUGCGAAGCACUUUGACUGCGUGGGCGGCGCAGCAGGCUAUGUCGACAGAAUGGUACUCACAGAAGCUCAUCUGUAUUACUCAGCUUCGGUUUAUAAAUCUGGACCGUACGAUCCAGAAGGAAUUUUAGGUACUCUCACCACGGCGUUCCAAGUUUUUCUUGGCCUGCACGCUGGCAUAAUCAUGAUGACUUACAAGGACUGGAAAGAACGCGUAAUCAGAUGGUUAACGUGGGCUGCGUUCCUUGGCUGCAUAGGUUGCGUUCUUCAUUUCACCAACGUGAUCCCUGUCAAUAAGAAAUUAUGGUCACUGUCAUUUGUAUUUGUGACCACAUCUUUUUCCCUGGCCUUCCUCUCCGCUUGCUACUUGCUCGUGGAUGUCGUCAAGGUGUGGAACGGUGGACCUUUCCGAAUCCCUGGUAUGAAUGGAUUGUUGCUGUACGUUGGCCACAUGGUGUGCUACCAAAAUUACCCUUUUCACUGGAGCAUCGGUAGCAUGGAAAGCCGAGCACUCCGUUUAUGCGAGGCCAUUUGGGGCGCUGGAUUAUGGGCUGUCAUUGCGUACGUCAUGCACGCGAAACGCACUUAUAUCACUCUGUGAUAAUUUACUUUCAACACAUUUUAUAUGCAUAUUGUAUUUAUCAUUAUCCAAAUGAGAAAUGAUCGGAGAUUGCAAAUGGCAGAGGAGAAUAGACUGAUCUGAAAUGAGGAUUAAUGUGAACUUUACAAAUAAUUUAUUUUACACAACUUACAUAAAUAUAGCACAAUGAUAAGAUCGAGGUAACAUGACGGUAUUGGUGCGAAUGCACGUUCGCAUCGAUUCCUUUUCUUUCUCGAGAAGAUGACGAAACAGGGAAUCAUCGCGACCAGUCGCCGAUUCAGCUCAAUUUCCCAAGUAGCAGAGAGAAACCAGUCGCGUGAUUCGAUAAAAGUGGAUAUCGUUAGCCUUCGAUCGUUCGAAUGAUCGAUCGAUCGAUCUCCCUAAGGAUCAUCGUGUUCUAACAAUAUGCACACACCGUGGGAUUAGAAGGUAGAGGGAAAAAAAAAGGAGUGAAGAGAAAAGAAAGUGGAAGGGACAAGACGAAAUACUAUACGGGGGCAACAAAUACGAUGGCGUGACGUGAAAAGAUGUCAGGAGAACUCCUGGCGGUAUCGAUGGUCGUCGCGUUAAAACGAAUCGCUACGAAUCGUCGUAAACAAAA